CGUGAGAACAUCGCAUACAGCAGCGAACGUAUGCUGCAAAUGAAAACUGACAGGUAGUGGUAGUCUACGGAGGCGAUAUUGUAUUAUGUAACGUUAUAUCAACAGAACAGCCUACACUAGUGGGUAAGGAGUAGGUUCAUUCAGAACUUAACCAUUGUAAGUUUAAUGUAAUGGUAUUGCUGCUUUAUCUGACGGUCGAUUGCUAACUUGCGAUUCAAUGCUAAAGUUCGCUUGCUAUAAACUUCAAGUCGCUCUCAGGCUUAGUCGCAGUAGUCUAAAUCCUUUCAGGUGGUUUGCAUGUACCAACCAUCUUAUCUAAUGUGGUACUGGUAAACUAAUCAGCAUUAACUUGUUAGCUGGUAGAGUUUCAUAAAUAGAAUAUUUAGCAACAAGCUAACGUUAGCUAGGCUAGCAAACUUUUCAAACCAGCAUCAGAACAUUAGUCUAAAGCUGGCUAAUGCGUGUUGAAUUGUUUUUAUUUAUGUAUUUAUUUAUUUUGAGAAGAUACAUGUUGGACAGCAUUUAGCUAAACCCAGUCAGAGGUAGUACGGACUGUUUUUGUUGGUAAAAUUAUUUAUUUAGUUUGAUCCAUUCAUGAAACUCGAAAGUGUAGUUUACUGCUUAGCGAACAUCACCUAACGUAGUAGGCUAGACUAGUGCUAGAGAGGGGGUGUGUUUUACUCGUGGAUCUGGUCGAGAAUGAGCUGUCACAUUAGCUAGCCAGUGAUUAAUUAAUAGCUGUUAUUGAAAGUCGUUUAGGUUUAGCUAGAGUUAGCCAGAAAACUAGCUAGGGAUCAGUGUUAUAUUUGGAUCUAUUUAUUUCUCUUUUGAUUGACAACUGGAUCGCAGAAUGCGAAAGCAUGUUACGUAGCUAGAACAAAGUGUACUUAACUGGUUUUUGCAGAUAGAUCUAACGUUAGGUAUUACGAAUUGGCUUCAAUAAAUUUAUUGCGAAUUAUCAUACAAGUUGGAAGGAAAAUAUACCACCAGGAAAUCAACAAUAGCAGUAAAAUAGCCUCCAAGCUAAAACGCGAAGAUGUUCAACCACCACCACCAACAGCAGCAGCAGCAGCAGUUACAGCAGCACCUGCGGCAACUCCAGCAACUCUUUCAACACCAGCAGCCAGCACCCUCUCCGUCUCCCCUUCCACCACCGCAGCCACCCUCGUCGCAUCCAAUGGCGCACCAUCAUCAUCACCAAGUCGGCCGGCCCAUAUCUGCUCCAGCGCAGGCUCCUCCCCCCCGCAUGGUCAGGCUGUGCUCCGCCUCCCAGGCUACCAUCAUGGCUGCCAACCCCAUGCUGCAGGGGGCUCUCCUGAUGCAGCAGAUGCAAGGAAGCCUGCGGGGGUUUGCGAUGGGCGGGCAGCAGUUUACACAGCUCUUCUCGGCAGGAUCGAGGCCCUCCCUCCUCGGGCCGGCCCCCAUGGGCGUGGCCAUAAAGUCUCCGCAUAUGGGUUUCCCCCGGCGACACUUUCACCCACAUGCCCAGCACUAUAACAAGGACUUUGCAUCGCAACAGUCGGAGAGGAAAAAGGAGAAUGAGCUGAGGGCAGUCGUGACAACGGAUGGCCAAUCUGGUGCUAAAAACACAGAGGGUGAAAACAACAUCAGGGCUGUCAGCACAGAGGGCGCAGUGGCUGCAGACAGACUGACCACGCCCACAGCCCAGCUGCAGGAAGAGCCUGCCCUGAAGAGACAGAGGAUUGAAGGGUCUGAAAGGUUGAUGGAGGAGCCACCGGAGACAAAUGGAGCCCUGGGCUCAGAUUAUAAAGCCCCUGCUGAGGACAAGGAACCUGCCGAUGCUGUGACUCUGGAAGAGGGGGAAAGCAUGGCUGGGCCAGAGACCAUCGAGUUUAUUGAGGAGUGUAGAGCGCCUGAGAUGGUCGGCGUGGGGGCCACGCUGAAAGUCACCAUCCAGCAGAGCAGCGAGAGUCGGGCCUUCAACACGGGAUUGGAGGAGCAGUCAGGGGGCGGGGCGGGCCAGGGCGAGGCCAGGGACUCGGACGGAGAUGCAGCCAGCAAGUUCUUCUGCUACAUCUGCAGCACCACCUGCCACAACCAGCAGAACUUUCAAAGUCACAUGAACGGCCUGGCCCACCAGCAGCGUAUGAUGGAGAUCCAGCACAUGAGCAACGCCUGUCUGGUCACACUGCUUCCACGGGUCCGCGAGUCCCUGGAGAGCGUACACAGAGACGGGGAAAAGAGGCUAGGCCCGCAGCGGUGGUGCGCCACCUGCCAGAGCCACUUCUACGGUGACCUCAUCCAGCACCGCAGGACCAAGGAGCACAAGCUGUCGAAGCACUCCUCCCGCCCCUUCUGCACCGUCUGCAAACGUCACUUCAGGACGCCCCGAAAGUUUGUGGAGCACAUGAAGUCCCCAGAGCACAAGCAGAGGGUGGAAGAGCUGCGAGAGGAGGGCCUACCGGAGGUGCUGGAGGAGCUGAUCACCGUGGACGCAGUGGGCUGCUUUGAGGGAGAGGAAGACUACGAGGAAGAGCCCAACGAACAGGAGGAAGAGGCGGAGGAGGAGCAGGGACAUUCACAAAGCCAGGGAGGGCAGGCCGCCCGCAAGGAGGUGGCGCUGGAGGACAUGGCGGACGACGAGGAGCACGACCCGGACACGCAGUACGGUUCCAGCUUUGUGGUUCCGGUGGCCGGGUUUCUCUGCAGGCUCUGCCGCAAGUUCUACCACUUUGAGUCCACCGCCCGGCUCUCGCACUGCCAGUCCCUCGGACACUUCCAGAACCUGCAGAAGUACAGGGCCCUAAGGAGGCAGGAGGACACAGGUGAGCCGGAUACCUGCAGCGAUAAUGUAGAGGAAACGCCUGCAGUCACAGAAGAAGAAGAGGUUGAGGAGGAGGAGGAGGGGGAGGAUCAGGAGACUGUGAGCCGCGCCUCGCCCGAUCCCAGCGGCCUCUCUCCGGAGCCAGCCAGUCCCAGCGCCCCUGAUAGGACGGUGCGGUCACAUGACCCCGGGAAAGCCUGCGGCUCCCGCUCGAGCCUCGCGAAGCCGGGCGGCGCCGCCGCCUUGCCGAAUCUCUCCAUCACCGUCGGCCGGCCGACCGCCACGGGAUCCGCGGACCGCCAGCCGGUGCCCCGGGACCGCACCCCGGAGGUGGUGGACCUUACCCUCGAGGAUGCAACAGCCUCCCCGCCUUCCCCCUCCUCCUGCCCCCUGCAGGGAGACUCACUGGGGGACGAGAGCAGGAGAUGGGCCGUCCCAGUACAUCAGGAAACUCCGUCUGAGGAGGGGCAGGAGCCACCUCCCGAAGACCCUACAGGACAAGGGGAGCAGGAGGAAGAGGAGGAGGGCGCGGCUGCCAAGGAAGAAAAGGCAGCAACGGGACGCAAACGUAUGGCUUCCAGGAAGAGAUCAGCCAGGACGAAGCAGAGACUGUAAGAGAUGGGUCGAGAGAGGAAAAGAUGAGAGGGAAUGAGAGAGGUAGAAGCUUGGGAUAACAGGCUUUGGGUCAAUUUUGUGGUUGUCCCACUUCACUGGAGAGGGAGGAGCUUCAUCAGACUGUGCAGUCUGUUGAUGGACCAAUCACAAGCCUGGCUGAAUGGCAGGUCCCGAUGCUACUAGCAUUGGAAAAUAAAUAAUGGAACAGCGCCCUCCUCUGGUCUUUGAUGGAAGGCUAAAAAUCUGUUGUGGCAGGUUUUUAUUUGAACAGUAUUGGGGAAACGAAUCUUCAUGAAACCAAAGAUGGGGAGAGCUGCCGUAUGUCUGUGACUCACUAAAUAAAGCCAAUUGUUUUGGAGAGAGAAACCAUUUGAUUGUUUCACUCAAGUCUGUGAGUGACUCUCAACCCAUGAUGAGGUUCGUGAAACUUCAGUUCACUGUCCCACCGCUAGUAGAGAAGAUAGGUAAAGUUUGUUCAGUUUUGUUGAACUGUGCCCCUGAGUUGCGCCCACUGCCUAUAUUCACCUGUCUGGUUGUGUUGAGUUGUGCAGGUUCGGUUUAAAGUUUGCAGAUUUUAAGGGGUGAUAAAUUUUGUCUGUGAGAGGGCUGCGUCACAUUUGUCUCACAGUCACUGCUCACCACAACUUUUACAGCAGGCAGGUUAGAAGGCAGGGGUUUGAGCCCCUCAUGCUUUUAGAGAUCUUUACAGUGCCGCUGCGAUGUCUGUGUCUGUUAAGCCGCUGUUCUGUCUGCUGGCUGGUCUGCCAGGCUUUAAAAGCAGCUGUAAAAGGGAGGUUUUAAUUACACUGUCGCAUGGAAAUAUUGUCUGACAAACGAGGGAAUGAUGAAAAAAUGAGGGAUAAAAUGUUUUUUCUGCUAGAGGUGGGAAUGUGGAUGUUAGUCAGAGGCUGAAAAUGUAUGGGGGGGGGUCUACAGGAGCUCCGAGAAGUAGCCUUGUUUUACUGGAGUGAAAACUGGGCUCGCAAGACCAGGUAAAGCUCGGCCAGGUUCUGCUCUGUAUUGUGGUUUAAUAUGCACCAGAAAUACCCCAGUGAGGCAUAUUUUCUACUGAUCCACAGUAUAAUCCUGCACGUUUGACCACUGUACGAGAUUGUCAUUUGGACGCCGGCGUAUUUUCCCGAAAAUAAAAUGGCAUCUCAAAUGGCAGUGCUUACACGAUGACAAUUGGGCACACUUCUCAAAAUGACUUUUGAACGAUGGAACUGUACUUACAGAUUUCCGUAGUAGCCCGCAAUUCUUCGAAAGCAAUCAGGCUGAUUUUUACAAGAAAUUAAGUCCUGCUGUUAAAAAAAUCGAUGAAAGAUGAACACUGCAAUGUUUAUGCACAUGACAUGAUUGAGGUGCAGUACAUGGAAUACUGAAAAUAUUGUCAGUGAAAAGAAAAUGGUUCUAAAUUCCUUUGAGGGAAAAUUAGAAAUAAUUUCUCUUGGAGAAGGGAAUGACCAGACAUAAGUUGUUUCUAGAUUUCAGCAUAGAAAACCUGACUGGCAUAAAAGAU